GUGGAAAAAACUGUAAACACACAAUCCUUGCCAGCAAGGGGGUCUGGGAAAGCGCUGAUAGCUCCCCAAGACUAAAUGUUUUAAAUGAAAAAUCAUUUCUUGGGAAACAAAAAUGUUUUUUGUCUUGACAAGUUUCAGACUUCAUUCAGAUCUGAAGAUUAUAGCAUCCAAAACCAGACUUCUUGUGGGUAGCUGCAGGUAGGAUUUCAAACCUGGGACCAUCAUGAUGACAUCUUGGAGCCCAUACCACACAACCAAGUAGCUGAAAUGCUUCACCUGCUGUUCAGUUUCUUGUACUAAAAUCUAGCUACAAUUAUGCUGCAAAGAAAAAUGAUUGUCAUUGCCUCAAAGCUUCGAAAACAAAGUUUUUGCAUCAUUAUUCUUGUUGUGCUGUUUGCCAACAUAUGUCUUUUAUGGAGACUCUUGUUGAUCGAGAAAAUUGCUCUCAGCAACAAUAUUGACAGGGAGAUGAGAUCUUUGACCUUAAGAAAAGAUGUCAUAAAGACUUCAGUAAAUCCUCUAAUUCAACUGCUACUACUUAGCAACAAUACUUUUACCAAGAGAUGCUCUCAGCCAAAGUUAAGCUUACAUCAGGAUACACUAGCAUUUGCUUUUUAUGAGAUGGAUCCUUUACAGUGUGUGGGAGCGAAUCUGUUCUCUCUACAAGAUGGAUUCCUAGUGGCUAACAGAGCAGCCUUUGCUGAAAGAAAAGUUAAAACUUGCCAAGUGCUGGCCAUUGAGAGAGAAUCAGAUUCAUCCAGCAAGGAAGAGAUUUUGUUCAACUUGGUGGCAGAAAAACGUUUCAUUGAGCAUGAUUUUAUCACUGUCGUGUGUGACUUUGUAAGUGAUUCAGAGGGAAAGGAGCUCUACCCCAGCUUACAACUCAAUGAGGCCAAACAAAACUUUGUCAAAAACUUGGAUGCAAAGAUUUUGACUAAUAUGGUACCUGACAAAAAGAAUAAAGUGAAUACAGAAUCUCAAAUGUUUUCUGAAUCUUUUGCCAAAAGCAGACGUCGAUUAUUUGAGUCUUCACCUCAUUUGCAAGAAGUUCAAAGAGAAAAGGUUAUCGCUUUUGCCCUUUCUAAUAAAAUAGAGAAAAAAUCAUCAUUUAGAGCUACAGAAACUGAUGCUGAAUUACAUUUUAAUUAUAGGAGUAAAGCUUCUGACCAGAAUCAGACUGUGUUCAAAUCUGAUGGAGGCAGUAUUCAAAAUCUCACUAAUAGUUCUUUAUCUUUAAAUAGAAUAUUAAAUAGACCCUCAAGCAAACCUUCUGGAAGGCCUUCAACAGUGGUACCUCUAAUAGGAAGCAAUACUAAAAAUUCUAAUAACCAACCUUAUGAUAAAUUGACUAAAAUAUUAAAGGAUCCAUCGAUGGUUACAAAAGUCCACUCCCAGAUGAUCCCAGUCAAAAUACUUGAUGACGAUGGAUUGCCUGAGGAGUAUUUUAAUGAUGAAGAAUUCAGUGAUGAUUGGCAUAAUCGUGUAUACCAGGACCUGCCCAAGUGUGAUGAAGAGCAAUUGUUAGUUCAAGUGAACCCUCUCAAACAAGUUUUUAAAAGGUCAAGGUCAGCAUUUUCAUCAAAAACAUCAACAGGUCUGGAUGUGCUGAUGUUUGGCAUCGACUCCAUGUCAAGUCUGUCUUUCAAAAGGAAGUUGCCACAAACUUUGCAUUUUCUAGAGAAUGAUCUGGAAGCUGUUGUGUAUGAAGGCUAUAACAUAGUAGGGGAUGGAACUACUCAAGCUAUUUUACCAAUUUUUCUAGGAAAGCUGCAGCAGGAAAUUCCUGAUAUCCUAGAGCGCCCCCUGGAUGGCUUUGAUUUCAUUUGGAAUCAUUACAAAAGUCAAGGCUAUGCCACAAUAUUUGCUGAGGAUGAGCCGCAUCUUGGAGUCUUUAAUCUUCGACUGAAAGGUUUUGAAACUAUGCCCACUGACCACUACAUGAGAUACUUCUGGCAAAGUCAGAGAGAAUCUCAUCUCAACUCUUACUGUAGUCAAAAGUACUGCACUGGGGGGACACCUAAUCAUCAGUUUCUACUUCAGUAUCUGGAAGAUUUUUUCUACAAGUACCAAAACAUUUCCCGUUUUGCUGUUGGCUUCUCAGGAGAACUCAGCCAUGACGAUAUCAACCCCUCACAGUACCUUGACCCUGACCUCAAAGAAUUUUUUCAGCGCUUACAGAAGAAGGGUCAUCUCAAUAACACAGUGCUCAUUGUGUUUUCUGAUCAUGGAUCUCGGCGUGGAAAGGUGCGAAGGACUUUACAGGGCAAAAUUGAAGAAAGGCUACCAUUUUUCGCCAUUUAUUUCCCCAUGUGGUUUCAGAAGAAAUAUCCUGACAUGUAUAAAAAUGUGAAAGAGAAUAGGCAGCGCUUGACUUCUCCUUUUGAUGUACAUGAGACAUUAUUUGACAUUUUAGAUUUAUCUCAUAAAAGUUCACAAAACAGAGGAACCAGCUUGUUGCGCUACAUAUCAGCCAAUAGAACUUGCUCUGAGGCAGGAAUAGACACCCACUGGUGUACUUGUGUGCAAGAAGUUCCCGUGGCCACAACACACCAGGUGGUCAAAGGUGCUUCUGAAGCUGUGGUGUCAGCCAUCAAUAAUUUGACCAGAGCACAGUCCAGGAAGUGUGUCAGCUUGAAAGUGAACUUGACACACAGUGCAAAUUUUGUUGUUCCUAAUGAUCAACUUUUAAAAUUUGACAAGUCCGAUGACAGCGGUCAGUUCAUAGCCCUCUAUGGUAACAUGACUUUGGAUUCAGCAGAGCUGCAAGUCACAGUGGAAACUGAUAUGUGCCAUGGCAUCUUUGAGGCAACAGUUCUUGUGAGAUAUACUGCUGAAUCUGCUGGGGAAUCUGAUGUUGGAAGUGUAGAAAAAUUGAGUUACCAUGUUAGCGAGAAGGACAUUAGUAGAAUUGAUACUUAUGGCCCACAAUCUUCUUGUAUAUGUCGUACCAACCCAAACAUCAUGAAAUUUUGUUGCUGUGCAGAUUUUCUGAAUGGUAAAAAGUUGGAGCCAUGCUGAGAGGAUACAAAAUUUUGUACUGAUGUUUAUUAGUCUUUCAGUGAAUUUACAAGACUCUUCUGCAGUGCUUUACAGUAUUGAGAAUUUUCCUAUUUGUACUAGGAAAAGAACUCUUAUUUGACAUUUGAUGGCAUUUUUAAUCAUUGAGGGACAUUAUUUUUUUGAGGUAUUUGAUAUAUUUGUAUUAUAUACAGCUUUAUGGAAUUAUUUUUAUGGUAAAAACCUUUUUAUUUUUUAAUUUCAAUAAUUUUAUUAUUGAGUUGCAACACUAGAGUGUUUUUUAGCCUAUUUUCAAGUUUUUCUAGACUAUUACCUUGUUUUUUAAAAGUUUUUGUUAAGAUUAAUGGGUUGUUUUGUUUUUAUAGUGCACUUUGAUGAUAUCAUUUAUACUUAUAACUAUGUUGCCACUUCCCAUGUGCCAUACUUGAAAUGUUAAAAAGUUGUGUACCAGAUGAUUUUUGGUAUUGGAGACUUUUUUAUUGGAAUCUCUAAUACAGAACAUUGUCUGAAUAUUCUACCCACUUGGGACUCCCAUCAAAAUGCUCAAAUGUUAAUCAUCAAGUGAUUUUGCUAUUUUUAUACCAGUAAUAAUUAUUUACAUUCCGUAGCAUCAUUGUUCUUAGAACAGAAAGAAUGAAUGGUUCUACUUUUGAUACAUAUUUUAAAAUAGUUUCUUUUACCUUUACCUAUCCCUUAGUCUGUUGGACCAUUGGGGCACCAAGCAAGACUCGUCGACUGUCUUUCUCCAUUCCUCCCUGUCUUUUGCCUUGUUUAGAACCUCUUUCAAUGGCAGGCCCAUCCAUUCGUUUAUGUUGUCCUCCCAUCGAUUUCUCUAGGAAGGUCUUUGCGAGCCCCGAAGAUCUUGUAAUAUGGCCAUAGAUUUUAAGCUUGCAUUUUUGUACUAUAGUUAACAGGUCAUCAUGGGGUCUGAUCACUGCAGUAACCCUGUCUCUAAUCUCUUGGUUUGUGAUGCGGUCUUUGAACGUGAUACUUAGGAUCCUUCUGUUCCAUUGCUAGGAUCCUCCUCUCUAGCUCUGCAGUCAGCGUCCAAGACUCACAAGCAUAUAAAAAUGUGGCCAUGACCAGAGAGCGCAUCAGUCUGAUUUUGGUGCCGAGGGGUAAGCCUUUGUCUUUCCAUAUUAUUUUAAGUUUUGAAAGGGCUGCUGCGGACUUUGCUAUUCGGGCCAAUAGUUUGGGUUUCAUUCCCUCAUCUGAGACAAUAGCUCCGAGGUAUUUGAAGCUGCAUUUCCGUUACACUCCUAUUUAUUUGUGGCUAGCUAAUAUGUUUUCUGUUUUAUCUUUUUUCUUUUCGAGAAGUUUUUAUGUGUGAAUUUAAUUUCGUGUUCAUUUUGAUUAGUUAAUAGAUGCUUAGCCAGAUAGGGUUUGCAAUGUAUACUUUUUGUUGUGUAAUUUGAUGACAACUAUGUGCUAUAACCUUGAUGCAGAUUUCCAGAACUUCAGUGGGAAACAAAGGCUAGAAGAAAAAUGACCUAAUAUUCACUGCUUUUUUAUUUAUUUAUUUUUUUUUGCAAUUUGUUUAAACCUUUGCUACAUUUAGAGCUCCAAGAAACUCAUUAUCAAAAUUCUCAUUCAAAAUACAGCCAAAAACAGAUCACCUACUUUGCAUUGUUGUAAGGGUGCUCUGAUCAAUAUUGCUGGCUUUUUGUUGCUGCUUACUGGUCACAUCUUCAGCACCAGUCUUCUUCUUUAGCUUUGCACUGACAUAAACAAAACUGUUGUGUCGCUUUCUCUUGCAUUUUAUUAAUGGCUUAGUAAAAACCUGUGGAGCUGUUGUGCAUCACCUGCCAGUGCGCAGGGUCCUGGUUGAGUGUCAUAUCAGGGCCACCAAAAUUUGUAAGAUGGGCUGAUUGUGACAAAAGAUUCUCUCUAACAUGGGGACACCUCACCCCAUCCCCAGGCACAGGGCCUGGCAUGAUUGCCUUAUCCACCAACCCAUAAGGCCACGUCUGCUCCUGAAAUCCUAACUUUUGGCUAGACGAGCUGUAAUCAUGUUGAUGUCCCAUCGGUAAAGUCCCAGAAUAGCUUUAGAAUCAUUGAUUCCCACUCUGCCCAGUAAGCCUUGGUGAUCUCACAUGCAGUAAAUAUUUGGGGUCAAUGAGGGGGUUGUCCAUUCCAUUGCAAAAUUUGUUGCUCUUUUUUUUUUUGUUUGUUUUGCCAUGAUGCUGAGGCAACAAUUUAGGAUUCUUGUGUUCUUCUCAACCUUCGUGCAUUUUUUACACUCCAGCUUACUUGGUCAAAAUGACAAAAAAGUAAUCAAUUAUAUUUUUCUUGUCCUGUGUUGGGUUUCAAAAUUAUAUGUUUGUGAAUUCAUUCUGUAGCUGAAUUUUGAACUUCUCUAUGUCUGAGUUCAUAUUAGCUGCCAUUGUUCACAUUGAAUAUAGUAGCUCCUCAUUCUGUGUUGACAUCAGCCUUUUCAUUUCCCUCAUGGCAACAAGCUCUAUACAUGUCAGGGUCAAACCCUUUUCUUCAAUGGCAUCUCUCAAGGGCCUAAUGACUUAAGGGCCUAAUGAUGACUGUUUUGUUUCAUGAUGUUGUGAUGUUUACCUUUUUCAACUCUUACCAUAUUUCAUUAACCUGAAGCUCACCGUUUAGAUGUAGACAUGUUCAUAAUUAAGGCACCAAGUGCUACAUUUAAAGUUCUAAGGAAUUCACCAAUCAUUCGGUUGCUGCUUUCCUUCUGGAUAUAACCCCAUUCACAAAAUAUACAAAUUGAUAUAAUAAAAAAAAAUAACCCAUUGAAAUAAUUAUUUUGGAACAUUAAUUGCUAAAAUCACAUAUAAUCCCAUUCCACUGAAAAAGUCUCUACUUCUCUCCCAUUCCACUGAAUAAAUCUCUACUUCUCUCCCAUUCCACUGAAAAAGUCUCUACUUCUCUCCCAUUCCACUGAAUAAAUCUCUACUUCUCUCCCAUACCACUGAAAAAGUCUCUACUUUUCUCCCAUACCACUGAAAAAGUCUCUACUUCUCUCCCAUUCCACUGAAUAAAUCUCUACUUCUCUCCCAUACCACUGAAAAAGUCUCUACCUCUCUCCCAUUCCACUGAAUAAAUCUCUACUUCUCUCCCAUUCCACUGAAUAAGUCUCUACUUCUCUCCCAUUCCACUGAAUAAGUCUAUACUUCUCUCCCAUACCACUGAAUAAGUCUCUACUUCUCUCCCAUUCCACUGAAUAAGUCUAUACUUCUCUCCCAUUCCACUGAAUAAAUCUCUACUUCUCUCCCAUUCCAAUGAUUAAGUCUAUACUUCUCUCCCAUUCCACUGAAUAAGUCUAUACUUCUCUCUUCAAUCCAAAUUCUCCUUCAACACACUCCACUUCGAUUAAAAUUUUUGUUAUAUACUGCGGUGGCUGACUGGUAAAGCACUUGGCUUCCAAGCAGGGGUCCCAGGUUCGAAUCCUGGUUAAGACUGGGAUUUUUUUAUUUCAGGAUCUUUGGGUGCUUCUGAGUCCACCCAGCUUUAACCUGACAUUAGUUGGGGAAAAGUAACAAAGGUUGGUCUUGUGCUGGCCCAUGAGAGACCUGUGUUAACUGUUGGCCGCAGAAACAGAUGACCUUUACAACAUCUGCCCUAUAGAUCACAAGGUCUAAAAGGGGAACUUUACUUUUCUUUUCUCUUUACAGUACAUCUUUCAUGCUAAUAGUAUGUUCAGUGUAAUAUGGUCCAAUCUUUUUGUGGACCAGUUGGGAGAAGGGGUAUCUGGCAAAAGGUUUCCGUGCUGCCUUUAGGUGCUUAAAAUUGAUCGAACUCAAACCCCCUUGUUAGGUGGACAAUGGAGUUUCUGCCUCUCAGCCACACAUCCCACAAGGAAAAAAAAAAGUCAUGUCAUUAGAUGUACAACAUUAAGAAUUGACUUCAUUUUUAAGAUUUGUAGUUUGUAAAAGGUUUACAAUUUGAAAGUAUUUUUUUUGUGUUUGACUAGAAUAAUAAAUUGUUACAUUGUUGAUUGUAUUUUAAUUCAUUGUAAAACAUGUCACAAACUGGUAUUAUUACACUUAAACUUUCAACUGAUACAUUUCUGAAUUGUAAACAAAUGAAAAUGUAUAAAUUGUUUUUUGUAUGCAAGCUUUAUUGAGAGAAAUAUAAUUUUGCUUGCAGUAUGCAGUUGACUCUUGAUAAUCUGACACAUUCAUUAAUCCCAGGCGGUGAUGAUAUAUCAUUUGCUCAUGUAUGUUUAAAUGUUGAAAGAUAUUUAAGAAAAAGUCAUGAAGUCAUGAAAAAGUCAAAUUGUUUGCCUAGAAAGAAAAGACCAUUUCGAGUUUUUAAUGUUUGUUAGUACAUUAAUGUAAUUAAUGCAUACUGUAGCACAUAUAUUUUUAGAAUGUAGAUUUUAAUUUAGUACAGUAUGUGAAAGCUGUAUCUUGUUUUGUAUUUUUUAGAUCAAUAUAUAUUUCUUUUUUUAUGUAUUAUUUAUUUUAUACCCAUGAAAGUCUAAGAGAAUAUCUUAUUGCAUCAUCAACAAAUCUAGAAUUUUCUUGACAUGCAGAGUUAAAUUCUUUCAAGUACAGUUAAUCUUUUGAGGUGCGGUGGCUGAGUGGUAAAGUGUUUGGCUUCUGAACUGGAGGUCCCGGGUUGAAAUCCUGUUGAAUACUUGGAUUUUUAAUUUUGAAAUCUUUAGGGCACUUCUGAAUCCACCCAGCUCUAACAGACACCUGACAUUAGGCGUUGUGCUGGCCAAAUGACACCCUAGUUAACCAUGGGCUUCAGAAACAGAUUUCCUUUACAUCAGUGAUGUCCAACCUAAUUCGACCUGCGAGCCAUUAUAAUUUCCAACACUCAUCUCACGAGCCAUAUGAACAAAAAGUUAUAAAAUGAAAUGAAAUUGUUCUAAAACUAUUUUGGUAGAAACCUAUAGAUUUCAUACUUAAUUAAUAGGUUAUUUGACAAUUAUAUUUUUUUUUUGCGCAUCAGACAGUACCCUUAUUUCUCUACUUUAAUGUGAGCAACACCGACUCAUUUUGUGGCCUCUUUUUGAUAAAUAUUUCCAUGGAUCCUCCAAUAUCUAGGCAUAGUUUAACAAUCUUUUAUUCGCAACUCAAACCCAGAAUGCCACCAUAAUUAUUUUAUAAUGCCGUUUUUAUGUUCUUGUUUUAUUAAACAGCCACACUUUCUUUAUAAAAUAAAUAUGUUGGCUUAGUAUCAUGUUCAACAAAAAAAAAAGUAAAGAUCUGCUAACUUUUCCUGGUAGAUUCUACAUUCAAGAGUCCCAUUUCAUAAACACAAAUGUUAAAGAUCAUGAUACCAAUCCAUGAGAGAAAAAGUAAGGUCCCAAACUUAGGUAAAGAUACAUUCUUUCAACCUUUUUGUUGUUUGGAAGGUAGAUUUCUACACUUAGUGUUGACAUUUCGGCGGGCCAUAUGGAACCGCUUAGCAGGCCAGAUGUGGCCCGUGGGCCAUAGUUUGGGCAUCACUGUUUUACAUCUUCCGCACGGUCUGAAAAGGGAACUUUACUUUAUUUUUUACAGUUAACCUUAAGUAAUCUGGCCUUUUUUUUUCUUUGUAAAUCGACCCCCUCUAAUCGUUAGGCUAUUUUGAGUCAACUGUAUUUUUCUGUGAUUUCCUUUUUUUUUUUACUUUUAAAUGGAAGAAUCUCUAAUUGUUUUUUUUAGUUCUUUUUCUUUUUUUAUGUCUAAAAAUGUUUCACUUCUUUCUUUUUUGCGGGGUAGCCAUUUUUUUCUUACUUCCCUCCUUUUGUUUUUGUAGAGGAGAUAGCACUGAAAUGCCACCCUGCUUUACCUGACUUUGUCCAAGACAUAUGCAUCUAUUAUAAAAGUGCUUUUUCUGCCUGAGGUGUGAGUGACAUGUUCUGAGGUUUUUAGUGGCAUGUUUGGAUACACUUCUUCAACUGGUGAAUUUCAGAAAUACAAUUUUUAGAAGUAGGUUUCAUAUCUAUUUUUGUAGAUGUACAGCAUAAUGAUAAUGUCUCACAUUUGAAAAGGGUUAAAAUUAAUAAAUGUAAUCGUAAGUAUUUUGACAAGAGAGACAAUUCUUUGCUUCAAUAUCGUGUUUAAUAAUUGUUUAUGUCCCCUUGAAUACUUUUAUAUAUUAUUUUUCAAAGAUUUUUUUUUUAUUGUAAUAUAUUACUGGGAUCAAUAUAUAUAUAUAUAUAUUUGGUCAAUAUAUAUAAAGAUAUUAUUUUGUUACUUUUAGUUCUUAUUUUGCUUCUGUAAUUGUUAUUUUUGGUAAAAGCAUUACCUGGUACCUAAAGAACUACUAUUCCUAAUCAUAACAUUGGCAUAGGUCUAGUAAUUUUAAGCAGUGGCGUCACUAGGGGGUGUGGUCCGCACCGGGCAACACCCGUUAGGGGGUAACACCCAAGUAUAAAAUGUACUUUGUGAAUAACUGACAAUUUUAAAAAAAUUAACGACAUUGGCUAAAUAUUGGAACAUGUUAUUCACAAUUAAUAAAUUGAUCUAUCUACUUUUU